GCUAGUUUCCAAAAAAGUGUCUACCGCCCAGAGGGGGCUACCGUGUGGAACCAAUCGGGGCCCACUUUUCCUGUACGAAUCGGUGGUAUCUGAGACGCGCUGAUCGCGAUAAGAAGUAACCCAAAAAAGUGGACCGAAAUUUCUCCUGCUUGCGGAUUUUGGCUGGUGCAGGUACGCAAUUAAAGGUCACCGAAAGCAAAAUAAUAAACCAAGUGGAGUACGUUCUGUGGACGUUCUAUCGAACAGUGCUGAAAGAAUCGUAUAGUAGAUACGUGUGAGUUUGACGUUUUGAAUUUCUAUGGUGGAUAUAUUUACCGCAGCAGUUGAAUGAAGUUAAAUUGAAGGUUAAGCCUAUUGUUUCACGGCAACGUCAAACGAACGCGUGAAUAAUUUAAAUGCAGUUUAGAGUGCUAAUCGCCCCGUGUUCGUUCGGCAGUAAAAUAGGUGACAAACAAAAUAGUCGUCAAGCCUGAAGGCAGCACGAAAUACGGUCAUUUCUUUUGAAACUGGUUGUGUCGGCCCGAGUGAUCGGUCGGUGGUGCUUGUGAAAGAAAAGAGUAGAAGAAAAUUGAUUUUGUGUUACCCCGAGGGACGACGCGGAGAAAUUCCUCUUGGAUUAAAACAUCGUUAUCUGGUUUUUUCUCUGUACAUAUGUGUAUGUGAUUGGCCGUCUGAUUUCUGUGUUAGUGAACGAAAAAAAUCGGGUUCGUCGUCGCCGCACACCGGGAAGACAAAUUCUUCUCCUGCUGUUGCUGUUACUUGGAUUGGAAUGAAAAGUAGGCAAUGAUUUGUACGCUUUGAAUGACUUGGCCGAUCUGAAUAAGAGGCAAAAUAUAUUGACCUCAUUUUCGACCCAUGCUCUACUGAACCAUCAUUAUCUAAUAUCGCGGCGAUUGGUCUUUGUUUUCAAUGUACUUAAGACCGAAGGUGAUUCGAAACUAACUGUAUGAAGUGUGAUUCCGGCCACAGAGAGGUGAUCUAAUCGAAACCACCUCAAGAGGAACAACGACAGUAACUAAGCGAGAGAUUAAAACUCGGAACAAUAAAAAAAAAGAAUCCGUGGGUGGUGGCGUUCUCAUCGGAAUCACAGACACACGAACCGACGAAGCACUUUGCUGGAACGGGCUUGAUCUGAUGAAUUUUCUAGCUGGAAAAUACAUAAAGGAUUAAAGUUGCCGAACGAACCAACGAAAACAACAACAACAAAAUUAAGCUCGCCCGAUUGUGAAGGCGUGAACUGGCAACCUGAAGACAAAAUCUAAACUCCGACUUCGCCGAUUCGGCACUCGGUUCAUCGGACAAAUCGCCCCAGCCCUACAGUCCGCAGCACCGUAAUGGCUACCGGGAUGAUCCGGCCAUCGCGAACCACCCGCGAUACGGUGGCUCCAAAUCGAAUCCACUGAACUCCAACAUGUACACCUACCUCAAAUUCGGUCUGCCCCGGGUUUUCCCACCGAACGGAGGCCAACCCGGUCGGGGUCGCAAUUCGUCGAAGGCGAACGGACGCGGUCGGGUCAACCGAGGUUACCGCGACAGUACCGGACCGGGACCCGGAUCGUCCGGGUACGAUAGCAGCGAUAACGAAACCCACCGUGGUCGAGUGCCAGCUAAUUUAAGGAAAUACCGUAGCGAAUCGGAUUUUCGUGCAAUCGGAGCAACGACCUCGCGGCCAAACUCCCGCGCUCAGGGCAUCCCACUGGCCGCCCUCAAACAGGCAAACAGUCGCGCCAGUAUAGCAGGCACUAACGUGUACAACCCGUACGCCACCAACCUGCGGCAUCACAACCUCCGCUCAGCGAGUGAAGCGGAUCUGCUCGCCGAGUGGGAUUACGACGACACACCGACCUACGGCGAAACACGACUGUACCCGGAAGAGAUCUACAACACACAGAGCAGAAGGCACUCGAUGGCAGGUUUGGUUUAUCCGAACAUUCAGGUACACUGCCUGGACGUUCUGCCGGGCCUGAGAGGCGUUUCAUUACAGGCGAAAGCUGGCGAUUUGUUCGCCAUUAUGGCAACGUCACAGCGCGAGGGUACAGCACUUGUAGAAGCAUUAGCCGGAGUACGGCAACGUAUGAGCGGUGAAAUCUUGGUAAAUGGACAGCAAGUCAACAGACGCAUACUGCGUCAGCUUUGCGGUUAUGUACCCGAUCUUCAGACGGCGCCACUUGAUCCGCGGAUGAGUGUUCAGAGUACCCUGUCCUUUCAUGCUGCCCUCCGAGGACCGUACGACCGCAGCGACCUUAAGGAGCGUGUCGACAUACUCGUCGAAGACCUCGGUCUAACCGCUGUCCGGUCGGCCAACGUUUCCCGUUUGACUCAUUCGGAAAAGCAAAGACUGAAUGUAGCCUGCCAACUGCUCACGCAAUCAUCCAUACUCUUACUCGAUCAGACCACAGUGAACAUGGACAUCUUCGAUACGUUCUUUUUGGUAGAAUAUCUGCGACAAUGGUGCAGAGCUGGUAGAAUGGUCAUCAUGACGCUUCAACCGCCAACUUUUGAAAUACUCUCCAUGUGCUCUGGGGUGCUGCUCCUGUCUGGAGGACGAACUGUCUACUCGGGCAGCAGAGCCGACUUGCCGCGGCACAUGGGAACGUUGGGCUAUCCGUGUCCUCCCUUCAAAAAUCCAGCCGAUUACUAUCUGGAUUUGGUGACCUUGGACGAUCUGUCGGCAGCAGCACUGCUAGAAUCAUCCGCCCGUAUCGAGUCCCUGGCAAACUCGUGGGAUCAUGUAAAUUCAGAACCGCCACUCGCCGCUCCUGUUGCCAACCUGCCGGAACCAACCAAAAGCGCCGGUUUCUUCGGACAAAUUAAUGCUCUCGCAAAGAGAUACAUGUCCUACAAACAGCCAGGAUCACUGCUCAACUGGAUAAGUAGACUCAUUCUCGCAGCGGUGCUAUCUCUUUUCGUAGGCUGCAUAUUUUGGGACGUUCCGGCAUCCGAUCCCCAGCUGAACCUCAACGAUCGAUUAGGCUUUCUACACUGUAUAAUAAUGCUCGCUCUUUGGCCAUUACUGAUCCUCCAAAUCCGUGACGUUCAGGAAGAUCGGCGGCAUGCAGAAAAAGACCUUCGCCUUGGUCUGUACGGAAGAUUUCUCUACAUCAUCAUACAGGGGACUCUUAGCGUCCUGCCGAGUCUCUGCAUCUGGCUAGCCUAUUUGCUGCCGGCACAUAGCAUGGCUGGCCUGUACUCUUCCUCCGGUAGCAACGAUACCGCAAUCUACCUAUACAUGGGUUACAUGCUACUCUACCUAAUGGCCAUACAAACGAUAGUGUUAUUCAUCUCCCACCUGGUGCCGUGCGGAAUUUCUGCAACCAUCAUUACCUCGCUGGUGCUGCUGUUUCUGUCCGCCGUCGGUGGCUACUCGAUCCAUUCGCGCAACGUCCCCGACUACCUGCAGUGGGGCGAAACCAUAUCGCCGGAGAAGUGGAUUCUGCCGCUGUUCACCGAGCAGGAGUACAGCACCGAGACGCUGGCCGCACUCACCAGCCAGCAGAUGUGCCGGAACAAGCAGGUUCAGCACCAGGAGAUUAUCGUCCAGCAGCCCUGCCCACCACCGAACGGAACAGCCGUUCUGGUCGAUCACCUGCUGCUGGCUCGGGAUCACGUGCUGGAUCCGAGCGACAUGUACUCCUCCACCGUGCUGGGGCUGCUAUUGACCUGUAUCGUGUUUUUCGCCCUUACCAUGAUUGUCUUUCUGAUCAAAUGUCAGCAUUUGUUCCGGAGGCGAACCGAUCGCCGGCAGAAGCGCAUGUAGAGGCCACUGACUGGUUAGAUCUGUCAACUCUACCGCCUAGGUAAGUAGCAUCAGGUGCAAAACAACACGGACGACUAUCGUAAUAGAAUGACUUCUACUGUCAGUAGGAACUAAAAAAAAAGCGUUUUUAGUUGUUCUUUUCAUUUUUUUUAUUUAACUGAAAUUAUUAGAUGGUACUAGAGAUAAGAAGGAAAGAAUGAGAUCGUUAGAAAACUAUUUAAGAUUUUUAAUCGAAUGUUUUAGAAACAAACAACAAAUAAACACGAAACCGAAAGCGAAUCAGCGGUUGAAGACAUGAAGUUAAUAAUAAUUCACCACUGAAAAACAGUUGGAAAUCUAUAUUUUACACGAAAAUAUUUGGUAAAUUACAUGCAAGUAUUUCUGCAUUAAAAUGUUGUGCUACAUAU